AUGGACUCAACCACAAAAAUGUCUUGUUUUAAGUGUAAUUCAACUUGCGCCUUCAUAGAUGUUACCAAAAGCAACAAUAUCAAGGAGCUGUUUGGCUGCUCAUGUGAUCUAUGCAAAAGAAUCCUAUGUAGGAAUUGCUCAAAGCUGUUUUCGAGUGAAGUAAGAGCACUAACGGCUCAAACCAAAGUCAUCAGUUUCUUCUGCCAAGAGUGUUUAAAGGAAAUACGAAAGCAUAUUAAAGAUAUCCCAAAUAUCCAAAACCAAGUAAGUGAACUGGGUGCAAGCACACAGCAAAUAAAAGAAACCCUACACUCCGAACUAAAGAAGCUGCAAACCAACAUCAAAGAAAUUAAGUCUACCUAUGCCGAAAUAGUAAGCAGAAAGACAGAUUUCGAAUCAACAAAAGCAGUGCAGGAUGAUAUAAAGCAUCUUAAGAAGGUAAUACAAACCAAAACAAUGGCCUUGACAACGGCUGAUGCACCCGGUGAGGCUGUACUUCAAGAGCUGCAGGAGAGACAACUACGCUCGAAAAACAUUCUAAUAUUUGGUCUCCAUGAAACUAAUAUUCAAAACAGAGAAGAUCGUGAGAAAGAUGAGAAGGCAAAAGUAAAUAACAUCUUGAAGCAAUGCGUUGAUACUUUUAACGAAGAAAUACAGUACUACAGAUUGGGUAAACCUGAUGAGGGUAAAGUCAGGCCAAUAAAGGUUGUCCUAAAAUCAAUAGAAACUGUCAUUCAAAUAUUGAGAAAUAAAAAUAAACUGCCUAAGGACUCACAGUCAUACAUAAAACCAGAUCUUACGAUACAACAACGUGAAUACCUGCGAAAGCUCGUGACAGAACUCAAAAGCAGGUAA